GACCAAAAAAAGUUGAAUGAAGACACAUUGAUUUUUUUCCCCCUAAUUCAUUCAGAAAGGAGAGACAUGGAUUGAAGAUGUGAAUAUUGUGGGUAAUUUUUGUUUCUUGUAUCUCAACUGCACCACUGAAGUAGAUAAUAAAGACAAGCGCAAAACACACCGAGAGAAAAGGACACACGUGAGAAGUCUUACCAUGCACUGACAACAAGGAAUGGAAAGCAUCAGCGUGGAAACGGACUGGGAUGGGUUAGGCCUCUCCUCCUCUCUGGGCAUCAGUGGAAGAAGCAACUUCUCUUCCUCGUUUGUGUCUGAGCUGAACACAUUCAAUACUUCCCACAGCGGGGGAUCCUUCUUUGGACUCUUCCCAGAGAAUGGUUCCAGCACCACGCCCUUCACUCUUCCCCAGCCCAGGGUGAGGGACCUGGGCCUGGCCCGGGCGGAGAUCGCGGUGCUCGGGUUGGUGCUGGCUCUGACCACCCUGGGGAACAGCUUCGUGUUGUGGGUGUUGCUGAGGAGACGGAAGCACAACGCACCGAUGCACGUGUUCAUGGUGAACCUGUGCAUCGCCGACCUGGUGGUGGCUCUUUUUCAGGUUCUUCCCCAGCUCAUAUGGGACAUAACAGAAAGAUUUCAGGGCCCUGACUUUCUCUGCAGGUCCAUCAAGUACUUGCAGAUUGUGGGCAUGUUUGCCUCCUCCUACAUGAUAGUUGCUAUGACAGUAGACCGGCACCAUGCCAUCUGCUGCCCACUGCAGGCCUACCGUGGGGGAGCGAUGUCCCGCUGGAACACCCCUGUCAUGGUAGCCUGGGGUUUGGCUCUAGUCCUCAGCAUACCGCAGAUAUUCAUCUUCUCUCGCUCAGAAGUGGCUCCUGGCGAGUUCGAGUGCUGGGGUCACUUUGCCGAGCCGUGGGGGCUGAAGGCCUACGUCACCUGGAUGACGGUGGCCGUGUUCCUCCUGCCUGCCCUCAUCAUCACCAUCUGUCAGAUAAGAAUCUUCCGUGAGAUUCACAACAACAUCUACCUGAAGUCGGAGAGGAUGGUGAUGGCAGAGCUGAAGAAGAGUGAAAUCCUCUUUCGCUUCCACGGCUUCAAGAAGGAGGACGAGCGGGCCAGAGAGAGGGGGAGACGAGCAUCCGGAGGGGGAGGCAGAGGAGGGCAUCUCCUAAAGGGUGCAAAUAACAGCCCUCACAAUAACACCCACAGCAGCCAAGUAGGCGAGUGUUAUGACUAUGUGCCAAAUGCUAUUCAGUACAACAGUUGCCACAGUGAGCAUGUGACAACAACAACAGCAACAACAACAUCACUGAUGCACCAGCAAACCCCGAGCAGUUCGGACUGCCAGGAGCCCUACAGUAACUCUCCCCGCUGUUCGCUGGAUUACGUCCCCCCUCCGCUUCCAGCCACCCCCCCUCCGAGCAUCACAAAAGCUAUGUCCAAGACAGUGAGGAUGACUCUGGUCAUUGUGCUGGUCUAUACGAUCUGCUGGUCGCCGUUCUUCAUCGUCCAGCUAUGGGCGGCCUGGGACCCCAACCCUCCAGACCAAGCAGGCGUGGCCUUCACCAUCCUGAUGCUGCUGGCCAGUCUGAACUCGUGCACCAACCCGUGGAUCUACACAGCUUUCUCCAGCAGCGUGUCCAGAGAGCUGCAGAACCUGCUGCACUGCCGAUCACGACCCAGCCGCCGGGGGUCUCUGCCCGACGACUCCACCACCACACACACCUCGACCACCAAGGACAGCCUGUACUGACAGAGGCUGAUUAGACAGAAACAGACACACCGAGACGUGCUUGAAAACACACGCAUGAGUGCACACGCGCCCGCUGCAAGGAUGUGCUGUUGCACUCAGCUGCAGCGUCGCAGCCUGAGAACAGCCAGCGCUGACCUCCGCCAGAUGUUUUCCACGACAAAGGACAGCUGUACUGUCAGCAGGACCUCAGCCUGUAAUCACUUGUCUUCUCCACCUCAGCAGUAAGGAAGGAUGUCAUUGAAGCUGUCAACGCCACAUUCAGCCUCUCAGUUCAUCUGCAAUGCAAAAUUACCUGGAAAGUAAAGAGUAAGAGACAGUAAAUUAUCUCUUCCGUUGCUGUUGACUAGGAACUUGUGCAGUAAUUCAUGUGAAGAAAAAAACAAAACACUCCUGCCUUUGCUCAGACAUAGCAGAGCAAAAGCAAUGCAAGGGGUGGAUUGCUGCAUUAAUGGCCUUAUGGCACGCCUAUUGUACAAAGCAGCAGACAAAGCUAUGGGUGUGAAGAAAACUAAGCAGCAGGAUAAGGGAAGAAGGAAUGAAACAUGCAGACAGCAUGAGGGACUGAGACUGCCACUGGGCUGGAAACAGACUGGGGAUGUUAUGGAUGUUACGGCUGCAGCAGUGGUCCUGAGAAGGCUGUAGUCGAAAUCUAAUAAUGCAAACAAACUUUGUUACAUCAAAGAAAGUGGAUUAGAGACGGAUGCUUGAGGCUGCAUAUAUAUUCACUCAGGAGGAAUUCAGUCACGAGGAACAACAGCGAUUUAUUGGAACGAUGGACAGAUUCACUCACGAGGACGGUGCAGGUCAAGACUCUGCCCCAUGAGGAGCUUUAAAACUGUGGAUUAACAGACAGAAAGAGAAUCUCACAACACUCACAAACAAGAGUGACAGUUAGGGCCUAAAAGAAUACAAAUGAACAACCCGGGUUUCCAUAGCCAACUGGGAAACAAUUAUGUGAUUGUAUUUUGUACAAACAGAGCAUAUGAGGUACACAGAAUGACCUUCCGUCGUGUUCUCAGGAGAGAGAACAUUAUUCAGAAGACAUGGGAAGGAAGCAAAUGAGAAACAUUCAACAGCAGCAUUCCAUGUACAGUGAUGAACAAUGUAAAGUAUAUUUAUUGAAAAUGUAAGGCACAUUAUUACAUGUUGUGUAAGAUAAAAAGUCGGAUGUAAAGCUGUAAUGGUCCAAGGUAUGUAGAAGAAAACAAGGAGAUAUCGAACCAAAGAUUUUUUUUUUUUUAUAGCUUGACUUUAAAGGUCUUAACAGUGGAGAUGUUGCAGAGCUUCAGCAGAUAAGAACAGACAAGUAAAGAGAAAUGACGUUAUUUCAGCUGCAAAUCUAUUUAAGAGAAAACCUCACAUCAGCAGUACAAAUACUCCGAGUCAAAACUAAGUGCCUGCCAUGUCAGUAGACAUUUUCAGAGGGGCCUCCCUCACUGGAUUAAUCUUCAAAUGAUGUCAGCCGUGUUAUUCUUAGACGGAGCUACCACCAGAGCAGGGAUCAUAGGAUAUGUUAUAUCACACCAUGAGCCAUGUGGUCUUUUUUCUUUUUUAUUUAUGUGCCGUAUAAACGAAAAUUCACACACACGUACACUCAAACACACAUACAUAUAUAUAUAUAUAUAUAUAUAUAUAUAUAUAUAUACACACACAUAUAUAUGUAUAUAUAUAUAUAUCAGUUCCUGUUACUGCUUUUCAGGUAUAGUUAUUAUAUUGUAAUUUCUGUGUAAACAGUAAUGUAUUAUGGCCCAUCAACUGCAUGACUUAAAAUAAUAAUCCUAAGACUUUUUAUGAAUAUGAAAGUGUAAUUAUAUAAGCUACUGUACAUGCAGUAGAUGUGAUAACUUUAUGUGUAUAAAAUGAGAUUAGAACUCACCUUACUUGGUCAAACUAUCUAUUUCAGAUUAGAUGUUUUAGAUGCUUUUUUCAAUGCUGUUCACACGCAGUGAGUCAGCUCAGCAGACAUCCUUUUUGUCAUGAGAAAACAGUGUUAUGUGAGUCAGUCGGACAAUACUGGGAUGCUUUCAAGGUGUCUCUGGAGUACUUGUCUGGGGUCGAAGGAGAAGCCUCACCUUUUCCUCUGUGAGGCCGUGAUGUUUAGGUUUUCAGCACGCCACCGUGCAUUUGCUCCCCAGACACAAGGCCCCACUUUGAUCGUCGGCCAGACUGAAAGGCUACAGCAACACCGUCCCGUGUCUCACUUUGUUUUAUCAGGAAAUAGAUGAAGUUCUCCCAAACCUUUGGGUGUUCAUGUAUUUUUCCUCUUCCUGUCAGGAAGCUGAGAGGUCAGGGGAUGAUUCUUCUCUGAUGAUAGGGCCAGACUUCACUUUAACUGUUUACUGCAGCCAUUAGUGAGCAUUAACACUCCUAAAUAAUGAAUGCAGAUGAGAAUUUCCUGGCACAACCACUUCUAAAUAUCUACUAAAAAUACACCAUUGCAGAGACAAUUCCCCCUGCAACUGUGUGUCGUUUCCUGAGGAUGAAAGACUGACAGUGGCUGUUAUCACUGCAACCAUCAUCAUCCCUCCCUUGUCAGUGUGUGAUAUAUGGUCGAUAGGGUAGGUCGUUGCUUUUUUGUAAUCUCGCGGCGUGUGUGCCAGUGUGGGUGUGUUUAUGCUGAAUGUCCUAAUGCUCAUGGUUUCCAUACUGAAGCACGAUCAACGUCAACAUUCAAGGUCACUUCUUCAUUACAGCGCGGCAGCAUUUCUUGCCAGGCCCGUGGCCACGAUGAAGCGUAAAGGAAAUAAAUGAUCCCUCGGUGUGGCCAUCACAAGGGCAGGAAAAUAGGGCAACUUCCCCCUUCAGAUGAGUUUGAGGUCACCGGCGGAGUGCAAGCAGUGGUUCUGAAGAAUGACAGAGCUCCCCAGCCUUGACCACAGUCAGAAUAAAUCAGAUCUGGAGCCAGGAGCUUUACUGUACUGAGCAAUGUGUCUGCAUUGCUUAACCCAAGACCCCUCCACAGACCUGAUGACUGCCAAGGCUGCUACUAAGCUCAUUCCAAGACACCGGGAGGCAAAUGCAGCCCAACAUACACAACACAACUGCAGCGUCUGGGUAUGGAUGAUGUUACAAGAAAGGCAGAAGAAAGAAAAACAGGUUGACCAAUUUAACUUCACAUAAAAUUAUUAUUUUUUUUGUUACAUUUCUCUCUUUUCCUCAGAUUUGACCAUUUUUAUACCCUUUGUAUAUCAAAGCAUCUGGAAAACGAGUGUCAGACUUUUAUCUUACAUCUGCAUCCAUUGCUUUAACUUACAAAGCACAGCUUGACUGCAGCUGCUUUCAAGGUGCUUUUUUGCUAAAUAUAGCCGCGCUUUUAUUCUAUUGGCAGCAAUUAUGAUUCUGCACAAACCUCACCUCAUACUUUGCAGAAUACAAAGUAUUUAUUGAUUUAAAGGAGGUGAUUUCUCUGAGAGCCAGGAAGGAUCAAGGAUACGCUUUUAUCACUUUCACCCACCUUGUUUUCAUUACUUAAAGCGUGUUUGUGUUUACACCUCGACCAGAUCCUGCAAUUUUCUUUUCCUUCAUAGUAAAAGCAGGCAUGUGGACGGUGUCUGAUAAAACGCGUUUUAUGGGGAGCUCAUUCUAGAUGCUUUCACUGGAUUUAUGCGCUAAGAAACGGUUUGUUGUGAUGUGUCUGCUCCUGUUUAACCUACAGUAUUUCAUGCCUCCCGGCCAACUAUGAGCAGUAAAUGAAAAAAAGAGAUGCUCCACACCAGCAGCUAACCUUCCAGUUUGAAAUGUGUUGGGGUGGGGGGGCUGUCUUCUAUGAUGGAGAAAAAAAGAGAGAAUUUUCCCCCAUAUAUGGCUGGUUCUUAACUGGUAAUUGCAUUGACAGAGAAAGCGGAUUAGAGGAUGCCCAAACAGGACAGGAAGAGGGAGAUAACAGAGAGGGAAGCACAAAAGCUUGGAAGUGACUGUGAGUUUAUUCAUUCCAAACACAGUCAAACUGUUUGGGUUAAAGCAUCGAUACAUCUAACACGCCUCACUAUACGCACACAUCCACCAAACCACCCGAACAAUGACUGUUAUGGUAGCGAAGGAAGGGGGAGAUACCAUCUGCUUUCUGAUUAUUGAGUUAGUCCGCAGUUUGUUGACCUUGCUCUGCAUUCAAAGGAAAAAAAAGUGGGUAGAAUGAGCAGUAAAAACAAAUUUUUAUGGCACAGACAGAAAAGUGUGACUUCAUGUGAGAAUCAUUUGUGCGACGCCAGUUUCCACAUUGCUGAAUCCCACUAAGCCCAUCGGUGUCUGCCCCUGGAUCUGGUGUUUUACACACCUCUGUCAAAGCUGCUUUUCUCUGCCUCACAGCACAAACACACACGGAUUCUUACAGUAACUCUUGGUCCACAGUAAAAUGUAAAAGAUGCUGUUAAUAAUAAGCACAUAUAUGCAUUACCAUUAAAAACAAGCAGUGUUUUGCCAGGUUUAAGCCCUGUGUUAUGUAAUCAUACAAAUAGAAAUGUGUCUCUGUUUACAUGACGUUGUAUAUCACCACCUAAAACAUAGAAGAAAAUAUAUAAAGCUAAAUAAUUCACAACUGACAGAAGGAACUGUGACUUCCUGUGGGUUUAUUUGCCUGAUACGACAGUAAAUAUCUCAAAGACAUUUCCUUCUACAUCCACAGCUAAGAGCGCUGAAGCGUGGGUCAGAGUUGCACACUUUGAACUCAUCACAAAGGGAAGGAAGAAGUCAUGUGUCAGCGUCAGCUCAGUGGCCCUGUUUGGCUGUUUAUUUGUUCAUUCCAUUUAUAUCCCUCCAUCCAGCCGUCCCCCGACUUCCCACAGUCUAAUAGGUGACCCUGUGAAAUAGAGUCUGGGUUCACGCCAGCUCGUGUCUUCUCAGCGUGAACGGCAUUGUGAUGUCUCCAUUGUCUCCUUGUGUAGGUGCCAGAAGCCUGAAGCUGAGAUGUGCUUGCACCAUUAGUGUGUGUGUGUUUGUGUCGUACAGCUGUUUUUAUGAGGACCAGGUUGAGUCUUACAGCAGCCUCUCUACAAAAUGAGGCCACUUUGAACACUCCUCACCUUCUUACAUCCCAGGAAGGGCUGGUUCACUGCAAAAACUCUAAGUCUUACCAAGUCUAGUUGUCUUUAGUCAAAAUGUCUCAUCCCACUUGAUUUAAGAUAAAUUCAUUUAACAAGUGACAUUUCAGCAAGAUGGAGGGACUUGUUUUAAGGCAAUGGAUCUUAAAUUUCUUGUUAAGUCAAACAAUCUUGAAAUUAUCUUGUUUUGAGUUGUACUUUACAAGAAAACUCAAAAUAAGUUUAAUACAUCUCAAAUUAGGAGGUUACAUGAAAGCAAAAAUCUAUUUUUGAGUGAAAAACUGCUAUUUUUUUUAAGCAUAUCUGGCUUAUUUUAAGAUACUUAAGCUUGACAAUCCUGGUAAAAUAUAGCUUAAAAUAAGUUUUCCCAGCUAAUUUUAAGAUCUCAGUAUUCUAAAUAUCAUAUCUUAUUUCAAGGAAUCUUACCAAGCCAUUUUUCACUUGUUCUAUUGGCAGAUUUUUUCACUUAUUUCAAGGUAAAAGUAGCUUAAAAUAAGCUUUUUUUUUCUUGUUUUGAGAGUGGCAUUUUUCCAGUGUUGAGGGUUAAGACUUGAUUUAAAGUUUGAAUUAGGUUUAGGUUUGGGUAAGGGUGAGGGUUAAGGUUGGACUAAGGGGCUAAGAAAUGCAUUGGGCCAGUGAACGUCCUCACAAAAAUAGUCUUCCAAACACAUCUGUGCAUGUGUGACAACAACGCCAGAAAAGAAGACAUGUGAGAAACUUUUGUGCAGCAUGCAGUAUUUACAUGUGCAGAUCGUGUUACUCACACACAAAGUUUACAUUAGUCUCAAGGGAUCCACUGAGAGGUUGCAGUCGAAAAAGCUGACCUGUAUGUGCUGCUCAGUGAGUACAAACACCGAUUUGGGACAUGGACAGAAAUAGACACGCUAAGUUUAAAUCUCUCCAGCAAACCAGAUAAGCAAAAGUUUGCUCUAAGUCCUUGUCAGUGUGACAAACAAGGAGUGAAGAAGACGUAAAGAAGGGCUCAAAGUGCAAUGUGUUGCAUUAGCAGCAUAUAGUGAAACAGAAAAAAAAUAAAUCACGUGUAAUCUAUCCAUCAGGGAGUAUAUGCUCCAACAGACGUAAAAAAAACGCAACAGAGAGCUGCCACAGUGUGUUCAACUGGUGGCACUGCACUAUGGGUAGACAAACUCCAGUAGCCGUUGGCUGAAACAGCACCUAGAACAUGUUUACUGAUGGUGUAUACCAAGAGAAAACAGGACCUUAGCUGCUGCCGUGGCUUUUUUACUCUUUUUUUUUUAAACAUAUAUCUCUCCUUGACCAUCUAGGAAUGUCAGUGGAACAAUUUGCUUCUCCUCUGCUGACAAAAAUAGCCAUCGUGUCCAGUGAGAGUUCAGCCACAUCCUCCAUGCUGAAAAUGCAACAGACAGCAACAACUAAAUGAUGUUUCAUGAGUUUGUUAACAGGAAUCUUAUUCAAUUCAGUUUUAUUCAUAUAGUGCCAAUUACAGCUCAGAUUGUCUCAAGGCGCUUUACAGAACCCACACGUCUGAAGCCCCAGAGCAGCCCUAAGGCGACGGGGCAAAAAAACCCACCCUUUUAACAGGAAGAAACCUUGAGCAGAAGCUGUCUCUUCAUAUAGCGGGACCCAUCUUCUGUUUAAAUAGGUAUUUUGGCCAGCAGCAGAUGGUCCCCCUACAUGAACCGGGUUCUGCUUAAGGUUUCUUCCCAUUAAAAGGGAGUUUCUUUCUUGCCCCUGUUGCCUUAGGGCUUGCUCUGGGGGUUCAGGCAUAUGGGCUCUGUAAAGCGUCUUGAGACAAUUUGAAUUGUAAUUGGCACCAUGAAUAAAAUUGAACUGAACUGAAUUUGACAGCAUUAUUAAGCACAUUAGUUAAACAUCUUCACAGAAAUUCUGGGACUAUUCAACUUAUAAAACAAGAUUUGGUGCAGAAGACAGAAACUGCAGCUCUGAAGAUCAUCCUUGUAAGUUUUUUUUUUUUUUUUUUUUUUUUAAAUCUCUCAAGGCCUUAAGUGUGUACAUGAGAAAUCUGACCAGAUCUGGGUAUGGCUCGAUUUAGAUUACUUCCUUGGACUGCUGGAUCAGCUACACACUGUGUAACACUUGCAAACAAACAAACAAAAACACAUCCUAGUUGUUAUGUGUUGUCACGGAAUAAGGGACAAUGAAUGUUCCAGUUUGUCUUGGAGAAAAAGGAACUUUUAGAAGAGCAGAGUCACUGUGCUAUCACAUGAACCAACACAUUCAACUGGAAGAAAGACAAGCCAUUUAUUCAUUUUCCUGGAAGGGACACAUCCGCUAAGCCUGUACAAGGCAACCAGUACAGUUACAUUAUUGACGUUUCAUAUCAUGGAAGGCUUGACCUUUCUCUGUUGUAUUCAGAACAUCUGUAAAAGUCCCACUCUGACCAACGCAUCCACACAGGAGGAGAACCUGGUCUGGAUGUACCAGCUACUCUUAGGCAGGACUGACCACAGCAUAUAAGGUAGAUUUCUAUUCCAUUAAUUGUAAAAGUCCAGGUUUAUUGGUGUGGUAUUAAAAAAAAAAAAUUACAAAAUUCCAUU